CACUGGACCAGAGCAUAGGAACACAUCCAGGUUACACGAUGUCUGACCCAGGGGAUCUUCCUAAAGGAAAGCCCCAGAAGUAUCCACAAAGGAAAAGAACCAUGUUCACUCAGAAACAACUGGCAGAUUUGCGGCUCCUGUUCAAUGAGAACCCAUACCCGACCUCCAGCCUUCAGAGAGAAAUGGCCUCAAAAAUGGAGAUACAUCCAACAGUCGUGAAGGUUUGGUUCAAGAACCACAGAGCAAAACUCAAGAGAGCCAAAUACAAGCCUAUUCAGCAAAAACAACAAGAGGCUCAACAGCAGCAAUUAGCUGAGGCAGGAGGCAAGGCCAGCUCUUCCAAGACAGGCGCGGAUACACCUCCCAGAUCCCCUCGCAGGGCCCUCCCCGCAUCCCUGGUUUAUACAGAGCAUCCAGAGCAUCCAGUGCCUGCUUUCCAGCUCCGCCUGUGCCCCAAUUUUAAUGCUCACACAGACCACUUUGUUGGCCACAAAAUAGUUCAUUUCGGCUGCUGCCGAGACCCUAACAUAUACUGCCUCUCUCCCACUCUGGAAUCCCAAGUUCUUUCCACGAGCAUCAGCGCUAAUUCCUUCUGCUCUUCAUCACCACCAAGAUCUUGUCAGUGAGAGGACCCAGACACAAAAAGUCACGUGGUGGAAUGAUUUGUAAUGAUUCCCACACACGAGAA